AUGGCUACAGAAAAACACCAGUGGGAAACACGGUUGAAUCCCCAACUAGUGGAAGUGGCCGAAAUAUUGAGUCCACGCCGCAAUCGGCUUCCGGCACGUCUUUUUAGUAAAGGCCUGAUCAGUGAAGACGACUUAGACCGUUUCGACGCAUCAACUAAAGUAGAAACGGAUUUGGCUUUGGAUAUUCUAAAUCUGCUUCGUCGUCGACAACGUCCCGGAUCAUUCGACACAUUUUGUGAUGUUCUUCUUCAGACGAAAGAUGAGACUUUACGUGACGUGGAGAGGCAGCUUCGUCCACAUGUGCGAGACAACCCUGAGAGUCAUGAUUUAGCAGAGCAAAACAGUUUGCACGUAACAGAACGUCAGCUGCAGCAGUCUAGUGACAAUUUGUCUUCUAAAACAGAUCGUGGCUCUGGUGAUGACAAGUCUAAUCAGAAACUUGACAGAAGAUCUAUUCAAUUUUUUGUGAAAGAAGAUUUACUGGAAGAAUUCAACAAACAAUCGGAUAACCUAUUAGAUGCUUUGGUUCAUGGACUUGAUGUUCCAAAGGAAAAUAUUACAUCAUAUCCAGCACGUGGUCAAAUUCCUUAUUCACAGAGCAAACGGGCUUAUGUUAUUCAUGUUGCUGAGAAGGCUAUGAUUACAAUUCUUGUCAGUGGAGUUGAAAGACCUGCAAUUAAGAAUCAGAGCAACAUGAUAAUCAGUUUACUUGCUAUAACUACCAAAUUCAAAGAAUCAGAGAUCGAAAUUGUUCAAGUUUUGCCUUCAAACAGUUGUUUGUUGGUUAUUCGCUUGCCUGGAUUGGCAAUGGUGCGCCUUAUUAUUGCCUUUUUCAGUCCACAAAUGAGGCCCGUGUUUCUUCAACGUCUUGCAAGAGUUUUGCCUGAAUCAGCCGUGGAAAUUAAAUUUGGAUUUGCAUCACUCCCAGAUUAUUCGGCGCCAUUACCGUCAUUGCGUUAUAGAGACAACUCUCAGUACUUUCGUACACGUCAGCAAACAAAGACUUCAUCAGGAAUUUUUGAGACAAACAAGGCGACUUUGUCUUCAUCGUUAACAGUGGAAUUACAAUUCAGGAAGACUAGGAAGUGUAUCAGUGACUUGUUUGAUGUUGUUGAUGGUUUGAAUGAUGAUCUGCAAACAUGUGAGGAACAGGUCAUUGGUAUACAAAAGCAACUCCAGCGCACAAAGAAGUUGAACGACUUAGAUAAGACAAUACUGGAAAAACUUGAGGAGGGCAAAAUUGAGAUUGCACUGAUGUAUCCAGAUGAUUGUUCAGUUGGUGCUUGUUGUGCAAGAAUGAAACUCCAAGAACAUAACGUUGCAAGAGAUGUAAUUGAUAUAUGUGAUGCAAUUGAAGGCUAUCAAGAGAGUAUUCACUCGCAUGUACAGCAAAUGUCACAAGUGGCAGAGCCAAUGACAUACAGUCACACAUGUACAUUAAUAGAAAGAUUACAAACCAGGAUAGCUACUCUGAAGCUUCUUAGGAAAGAGGAGCUAUACAAAGCUGAUCACAACAAAUCGGAUCAAGAUAAACUUGAUGGUGAGCUUUAUCUGUGCAUUGUGCUAAAUGUUGGCAUGUCUGUUGACAACACUAAUAGUUAUGACAAUGCUAGAGUCGCAUCUGUAUAUUUGAUUGGACAUCAUCAAUUAUUUGACCAUGAGUCUCACAAGGCAUGGAAGGUGGACACUUGGAAUUGA